AUGACUGCUAAUCUUCCUGCCUUCAUACCAGAUUCCAUUGAUCUUCAAGAUCACGACGCUCCUUCUGCCCAGGACCACAAACAUCCCAAUUCCAAGUCCACGUUACACGCAAACACGAACGGCUCGCUCGCGCCGCACCAGGCUGGAACCAUACGGGAGGUAAUAGAAGAACGUGUAGAGGAAGAGGCACGAAGUCCGAGGGUCUCGUGGGCUAACGGUGAUGGUGGCCACGAUCGCGAUCUACAGUUGUAUGCCGAGGAACUGGCCUCUGGCAUCGUCAACUCACUGAAUGGCAAUAAGAUGCAGCAACAGGACGCGCUGGCCAUUGCGCAGAAUGGCGGUGUUGGGGGACACGCUGAUGACGAUGGCGAUAUCGAAGUGAACACAGACGACGACGACCUGGACGAUGAUAUGAUGGAUAAGAUAUCGAGUUCUCCUUCAAUUGAGGAUGGUGGGUACACCCUUCCGCCUGCAUGGCCUGCGCGCAUUGAUUCUCUGCGCAAUUCUCUUUCGAUCCACGAUUGUUCCAGUUCUCCGGUCGUCACUGAGGCAAGGUCCUCUUCACCAUAUCUCGAACUCCCUGACCACUUUCCCCUCCAGCUUUCAGAAGAACAGUUAAGCAAGGCUUCUGUUGAUAUCCGUGACCCUAAUCUUCUUCUUCCUGGUGGGUAUGCCGGAGCCAACGAACAUGAGAUUCACAACGAUGCCCCUGAUUACAAGGUACUAUCCGGCGCUGAGGCGCUGGCACACGGUUCCGACGAUAUGGUGGCCAUUGUACAAGAUUCAGAACGCCUUCAUGAGCAAAAUUACUUGACCCAAGAUCGCGACUCCGGUGUCGACCUGAAGAUCGAAGAUUUCUCGCUCAGCCGACAAAUUGGCGCCGAUGAUGAGCUCGUUGAAGACGAGAUUAUCUCUCCCUAUGAAUUCCUGAUACCUUAUGUGGCUUCCGAUGACGAUGAUGACGAAGAGGAAGAAGAAGAUUUUCCUUUCACUGAUGAUUGUCGAUUUAUUGAUUCCGGCUGGGGUGGCGAAUGCUUACAAGAUACAGAGGAUAUCGAUUUUGAGUUCGUUUACGCGUUACAUACCUUUGUCGCCACGGUAGAAGGUCAGGCCAAUGCUACGAAAGGCGAUACAAUGGUCCUUCUUGACGACAGUAACAGCUACUGGUGGCUAGUUCGAGUUGUAAAAGAUAGUAGCAUCGGCUAUCUACCGGCUGAGCAUAUAGAGACGCCGACGGAGCGGUUGGCGCGACUCAAUAAGCAUAGAAAUAUUGAUCUGUCCGCAACAAUGCUUGGUGAUCAGUCUGAUAAGGCUAGGAAUCCAAUUAUGACAGCCAUGAAGAGACGCAAGACCAAGACUGUUUCCUUUGCACCACCUACUGUCGUCAAUUAUCCUGACAUAGAUUAUUCCGACGAAGAAGAUGAAGAGGAUGAUGGUCAAGAUCCACAGCAAGUAUCGCAACAAGAAGAUCAGCAACAGCAGGUGAGCUCCCAGUCGGCCACGGCCGACUUAAUAGAAGAUGAUCAAUCAGCCAAGGUUGAGCCUCUGAAACCUCGGAACCAAAAGCAGGCAAAGGUGGACCCUAGUAGACCUGAGGAAGCUAGUAAGGGUGAGCCACAACUCAAAGAGCUAGGGUCUAGAAACAGCGACGAAAUCUUCGAUGGCAAAACAGAGCGGACUACGAAGAAUGGAACUGUUCGAAAUACGGAUUCCUUUUUUAAAGAUGAGACCAUUGAGACCAAGAAAAUCACCCUCACUCCCGGAUUACUGCGGGACGAUAAUGAAUCUCGAGUCUCAUCAGAUUCUAAAGAGUUACGUCAACGUCCUAGUCUUGAAAAAGAUUUGGUGCCUGAUAAGAACAAAGAUGAGAAGAAGAAAAAGGAGAAGGAAAAGAAAGAUAAUAAAAAACCGAGCGCUAUUCGGAGUUUCUUCUCGCGGAAGGAUAAGAAGAAAUCCCUUGAUGAUGACGACGAAUCGUUUGGUAAGCGGUCUAUGGACGCCGGGGCUGGAUUUGGGGAUACGGACAUGGUGGAAGAGCCGGAGGAAAUGGAAUCUUCGCCACACAAAAGCCCGCAACGAAACUCAAGCAAGCUCCAGAAACAGCAACCCCGGACUGAACAAUCUCCUACACGAAAAUCUGGCAUUGUUCCAACGGUGGCAGCAGAUUCAAACCGUGGCCCUCCAUUGGCUGCUGAAGUUAAGACAAACAAUGUGUCUAAUGUUCCUCCCGCGACUGUGAGAAUGGUAGAGUCCGAGCAACCUGAGAAUCAAGUGCUACAAGGGCGAAAAGAUGAGAACAGCAAUUCCGGGCUAUCCAAGAUAACACCAGCGAAUGCAGAAUCGAACCCUCCAAAGGUGACGAAAGCGAAAUCCCGAAUAGAGCUUGACGACUUCGAUUCUUCCGAAGAAGAGGCUGUUCCAGAGCCAACUAGAGCGCCUCCUGCGGAACCCAUAAGAGAGCCGUCUGAUGACAAACUAAUGCGCCCUAGUCUUCCAGGAUCAUUUCCCGACAGCUCUACUAGCAUAUUGCAGCAGAACGAAGCCGCAGGAGUUCGGUCGCCCGCCGAUGAAUUGUCUGAGUCUCCCAUUCAAGUAUCCCCAAUCACGUCGUCCAAUCCUCCUGCUCUUAUGGGCGAUACUUCAAGCCAGGAAGACCGCUCUUCCCCUGUAUCUUCGCCAUCACCAGAGCUUGCGGAUGCACAUGGUAACGCGUACAAACCUCAAGAAUCCGCGGCUCCCUCAACAUCAGUAGCGGCCAGCUCAACAUGGAACGAUGCUAAUCUCCGUGCCUUUUUUGAUUCCGGAUCCGAGAUUCGCGAUUUAUUGGUGGUGGUAUAUGACGAUAAGAACGAUGCACCAUCUGUUGGUCCUAACCACCCCAUCGCAAGCUCAUUAUUCCGCGAGCAAAACGCUAAACUAGCUGAAAUAACAACCCAAUUGGACAAUAUGCUGGGAGAUUGGCUCGCUCGAAAACAGCGCCUGCGAGGUACGGUCUAG